AUGAUAUCGUGGUAUUAUUCUGGAAGGUCCAAAUCAAGUCACCUUGGAACAAUCUCUCAAGUUUGGCUUCAAAGUGACAAACAACUAAGCGGAGUACGAAACACUUCUCGCAGGGCUAAGGUUAGCUCACGAUCUCGGAGCGCGAAGAGUGAGUUGAAACAGCGACUCAAAACUCAUGGUAGAGCUGCUCAGCGGGACAUACCCAGCCAAGGAUGCUCUUCUGCAACGGAGACCUUGUAUUCACCCAGCUUAGAUGACAAGGUCGUCAGCGAUAGUGAAGAACAAGGAUGGAUGACAGGCAUCUGGAACUACUUGAAGGCAGGAGUUUUACUCGAGGAUAAAGAUGAAGCUCGAAAGAUGAGGGUAAGGUCAGCUAAGUUCGUAAUUGUCAGAGACGAACUGUUCAAACGUGGCAUCUCCACCCUAUUGCUCAAAUGCUUGACGGAACCUCAAGCUGCUUAUGUCGUCGAGGAGAUCCACCGAGGUAUAUGUGGCAUGCAUUCCGGAGCACGCUCGAUGGCGACUAGGGUACUCCAAGCUGGAUACUACUGGCACACAUUGAAGUCAGAUUGCUAA